ACUUCGAUGCAGCCUGUUUGCCCUUCGCUUUGGUAGGAAUAAAGCCGCCUUCAUUAUACUCGUCGUCGUCAUCUUCUCCAGCCUCCGAAGAACUAGUAUCGGAUGGGUUGUACUCUUCUUCAGACAGCACUUCGUUGUCGUCGUCCAUUCGCAUCUCAACAUCUCGGUCUUCAUCGUCUCCGGGACCAUCACCUGUGUCCAUUAGAGCAGCGCAGACAGCUCGCCAAUCCUUUCGACUGACAAAUUGCUCUUCGUCCUCGCCUCCUGAGGUCCUACUGCGUUCACUCCAGCCUGAAGCCGCAUUGCGAAACACGGCUAGAACAUCCUCGUCGUCCGGUUGUAGGUCCAAUAAUUGUAAUGCAGUAGGUAUCAGUGACAGUGGAAUUCUGUUAUGUUCCUCAUCUGAAGUCUCUUCGUCCGAAUCUUGGUCAUCUCGAAUAAAUCCGCCUGCAGAUGGUGAUUCAGAAUCUACAAUAGAGCCGCCAGGGGCUGGUUCAUCGAUAAUGAAUCCUCCGGGAGUGGGUUCCUCCAUUAUGAAUCCGCCUGCACUUGAGGUGUCGUUAGAAAUGAAACCACCGGCGGCAGUAUCGUUCGAUUCGGGUUCCCUUCUCUUCCAUGGCUGAGUAGCUUGAGUAGAUUCGAGGGCAGAGUCGAACGCAUGAUCUAUGCGAUCUCUAACGGAAACUGGCAGCAACGAGAACGCGAUGUCGACUUCAGAAGUGCUCAUCGUGGUGAACGUCGAGCAGAAGAGCGCGAUCAGGUGCAACCCAAUGAAUUUCGGUUUGGCGCUGGAGCACGUGCAGGACGCGUCGCGUUGUGCUCUCAACCACCAUCUUCUCCUCGCCCCUCACAACACUCUCAUCUUUAAUCCAUUGCAUGAUGGCAGGUUCAAGACCUAGGGCUGCAAAGCACGCUAGGAUCGUAGAUUCCGACUCUGGCGGCGAUACCGAACCUGACGAGACACCUAAACCUCCUCAACGGACCCUCUCAAGAAAGCGCAUUAGCGACGCAUACGAUGCGAGUUUCACAUCCGAUAACGGUCGCUCUGCUGCAAAAGCCGUAAAUAUCAACGAUGACGCGGCAGAGAAGCGAAGGAGACGGAAGAGCGCGAAACCACCAGUCACCGACGAAAAUGCGGAAGCAGGUCCUUCAUCUGAAGGCAAUGCGCUCGAACGUGACGAUUCUCGCGCUGCUGCCCACGCGAGACAGAAACAACAGCUUCUAUCCAUUGCUCAACAACCCGAAGUUAAUGUCCCCCUUGAUGUUAUGAACUCCAAUUUCGAGGAAUGGAUGAAAAUGGCGACGGACAAUAAAAUAAAUGCAGCGAAUUCAUGGAAUUUCGCUCUGAUCGACUAUUUCCAUGAUAUGUCCCUUCUGCGCAAUGAUACCGAUAACUCGAUCAACUUCCAACGCGCAUCAUGCACGCUCGACGGAUGCGUGAAGAUCUGGACAAGUCGCGUCGAUAGUGUGGGCACAGAGACCGGGAAACUUCUGAGCAACCUCGCCAAUGAGGGACGCGAAGACGAGGAGCAGGCGACAUCAGACAACCCAGACGGCGGUGAAGCUGGUCAGGGGCAACGGAAACGUAAGACUCAUAGGGCCGAGUCCACACUAGCGAAGAAUCCUAGUCAACUACGGAACAAGAAAUUGGACCUCGAGUUCAAAGUUGACCCUUUGUUCCGCAAGACAUGCGCAGACUUUGACGAAGGUGGCGCGCAAGGCUUGUUGAUGAAUCAUUUGAGUCUGGGUGUUAGUCCCGAUGGCGGCCUUCGCGUAGUUUUUGAUGCCAGCGAUUCUAUUAGCAAAGGUGAAGAUGACGAAGUGCUUGAAGAGCCUCCGGAUGAAGUCGAUCUCAGCUAUUUGAGGCAGCAAUUUCUGCCGAACCUUGAUGAUAUCGAAGAGAAGGCAAUUUGCCAUUCACUAGAAGGUUUCUCAUUUUCUAAAGAUCCAUUUGCUGUCGACGACACAACAUUCUUUCAUAACAAUGCUGCCUCUGUGGAUGUCGAGGAUGAGGAAGAGAAUGAACCAUUCCACGAUGCUGGCGGAUUCGGUGACGACGCGCCCAUGGAUGUCGAUGACGCACCUGCACCUGUGGAAGACUUCUUCGUGGGUGAUCAGGCGGUCGGCGAUGACUAUGUACCAGACGACGCAGGCGUUAGCAGCCCCGAGCAGUAUGGUGAUGAUGAGAACGGUCCAUUAGAAGGCGCGAAUGCUGCUGAACCAGGAGCGUUUGUACCAUUUGACCCCCGACGCGUGCCAAAUGAACGGGAUUUGGUCUUGGCGAUGACGGACGCAGACAAGGAUGGCGAGGGAAUGAUGAUGGAUUACUUUGACCAAUCGUUCCUGAAGAAUUGGGCUGGUCCGGAACAUUGGAAACUCCGCAAAGUUGUUAGACGGCCGGAAACAACGGAGAAUGCUCCCAAGCCACGGAAGGAACGGAAGGAACCAUUCAAGAUCGACUUCCUCACUCCUGCUCAGAAAGACCCCAAAGAUAUUGCCAAAGAACUCUUCGCACCUGUCACUCGUGGCGCAGGGAUUACACUACCUGGUCCCUCAACAGCAAAGACAACGAAGAAGGGCACCCGUGGAAGGAAAGGGAAGGGUGCCGACAAGGAGAAAGCAAAGGAGAAGCGAUAUGAUCAAACACUUCCCGAUGAUAUGCACUUCUCCAGUAGGCAGCUUGUCACACUUUUCCUCAAGCCACAAUUCUCGUUGCGGAUGCGUGGUCAACGCGCGCGUCUCGAUGACCGGGGUGACGGUGAGAUCGACGAAAACUUCUGGGCACAAGCAGCUGCAGAGCAAGCGGCAGGUCAAAACUCAGACGAACCGGAUGAGACGCAAGGCGGUGGAGCAAUUCCCUUCAACACUCAGUUCUUCCACGAUGACUUUGACGAUGCACCCGGAUUUGACGACGUAUAUGACGGUGAUGGCGACGGUGGUCCUUCAGCAAUCGUCGAGCCAGGCGAACAAGAUCUUCUUGCUGCAACACAGGGUCUAACCAGGCGCGUCCGUCCGGAAUACGUGAACUAUGCCAAGCGAGCGAAGAGAGUUGAUGUCAGGAAACUGAAAGAGAACAUCUGGAAGGGCCUUGACAUCAUUAUUCCAGAGAAGAUCGAGGAUGAUGAUGAGGACAUUGAUAUGGAGAAGCCAGGGACGGACCCAUUAGAGCCUCGAGUAUUCAACUCCGUCAUUUCAGGCUUGCAGACAACGUAUCCGAAGGAGAAGUUGGACGAAAUUAGCACGAGCUUUUGUUUCAUUUGUCUGCUCCAUCUUGCAAAUGAACAAGGUCUCAAGAUUGAGACUGAUGGUGGGGAGGACGGCAGCGAGCUUGCUAGUGAGAAGAAAGUUGGGAAUAUUUGGGAUCUCAAGGUGUACCGGGAUCCGACCGCAACUCAGGCUGCAUAGCAUUGAUUGACCUGCAUAUCACUGGAGGGUGUGCUGUUUUGUUUCUUGGUUUUUUAUGUUGUUUAUUAUCUUCAUACGUACACUUUUUAUUUCUUCCAUUUUGCAUCUUCUUGCUCUUGUGUUUCGGCGGUUAUAAACUAAAGUAUGUUGUAUCCUAGGCAUCUAUCUUUCUCACAAAUAACAUACACUCUAGCUAUUGGCUACAUAGGUCAUACUUCAAUACAGCGUGCUUCGUGUUGUAGAUUAGACGUCAAUCAACAAGGGUAUCAAUAACGCAAUGUUCAAACG